GCAAAAUCUGCUCGCCUCCCAACACCUCUGCAGCCUUGCUGUCGCAUUCCCGACUGCCGCUUGACUGCCCGCGACACCUGACAUCGUUCCUCGACUGCCUGCAACCCUUGCUGUCAUUCACCCGGACAGCCGCCCGCCGACUCUUCGAGCAACCUUGCUAUCGCUUCGCCCUCUCCUCUACUCUCCUCCUCGAUACUUCUGCGGCAGUAGCUGUCGGCAUCAGAAAACAUGGCGCCCGCCACCGCGUCUAAGAAGGACCAGCUGUACGACAAAUGCGCCGAGCGUGAACCAGGCACUAUAUUCUACCAGGAAGACCUCAGCCUGUUCAACGUCGCCAAAGAUGUGGAAGAGCUAGUGCGGCUCUGCCAGGAGCUGGUGGACGCACACCUUUUCGAGCUGUUAGAAUCGGGGCAGAACGCGUGGGACAGGGCGCUAUGCUGGCGGCUACGGACGCGGGAAGACGCGGCGAAGCUGCGGUCGAUGGACCCGAACGAGCGCGUCGUGUACUCGCACAUAUCGUCGACGAGCGACCAGGGCAUGUGGACGCGCACGAUAAAAGCCAAGACCAACUUCCACCAGACGGUCAUCAACAAGGCGCUCAAGUCGCUCGAGGGCAAGCGCCUCGUCAAGUCGAUCACGAGCGUCAAGCACCCGGGCCGCAAGAUCUACAUGCUGGCGCACCUGACGCCGAGCGAGGAGAUCAGCGGCGGUCCGUGGCACCAGGACGGCGAGCUGGACGUCGAGCUGAUCGAGACCAUUGCCGGCGUCAUCGUGCAGUACGUCGAGGGCGAGAGCUGGGCCGAGCAGCGCGGCCCCUCCAAAGCAGACAUCCGCCGCAAGAAAGAACUCGUCCAGCAGCAGCGCAACAACAACAACAACAACUCCAACCUCCCGGCCGACCCUCCCAAGUUCGAGCCGCCCCUCGGCCGCAACGGCCGCCUCCUCGUGCCCCACGCCCCGGGCUACCGCAACUACCCCACCGCGACCUCCAUUCUCGACUUCAUCGUCAAGUCGGGCGUCAUCGAGGGCGUCGUGAUCCGCGAGUCGGACCUGCGCUCGCUGCUCGACAACCUAGUCUUCGACGGCCGCCUCGAGCGCAUGGGCGCCAUGGGCUACCGCACCGUGCGCGGCGUCAUGAACGAGACCGAGGAGGGCUACGGCAACGGCCUCACCCAGGCCCCCUGCGGCCGCUGCCCCGUCUUCAAUCUUUGCGAGGAGGGCGGCCCCGUCAGCGCUACCAACUGCGUCUACUUUGAGGAGUGGCUGAAGCUGUGACCUGCGCGUGCUUGCUCCUACUACCACUACUGCUGCUGCUGCUGCUUUUGUGUGGUAGGCUUUUUCCAGCGAUUCUAAUAGUAAUAGUCUGGUCGAUGAUGUGGAACAGCACAAUCACCUAGACCGUGCGUGAUGGCGCAAGUUUUGAUGGCGCAAAAAAAGAGGGCCACGGAAGAGCGGCGUUUUCAGUUGAAAGAUCUUUUUUUUGAUUGGGCACGUCGAUGUCUACUCGUCGCCAUGAGUCGUGUCCGACAGGUACGACGAUGACGACCAAAGAUGAAGAAAAAGAUAUCAUCAAAGCGAUGUUUUUGUCGAGAGAAAAACAAACUUGUUGACGCGACUCGUCACGAAAAAAGAAUUCAACAACAGCAUGCGGGA